AUGGAAUGUUCAGCGUUUGAAUUUGAUCACUCUUCCAGACGAUUUGGAACAACCGUCUACAAAAAGACGAACAUAAACAAACAAUCAAAGCACCUCAAGAAACUGAAUGAAAAGAAACCAGUUAUUGUCGUCCGACGAGUCAUGGACGGCAAGGGCCGAUACGCAAAGACUGAAAUUGACAUCCGAAGUCGAGAACUUUGCGAGGUGCUCGUGGAGAUACACCGAGGUGUGGAAGGUUUAGAUCUCUCGCGAAGUGCCUGUGACCCGAAGCUGCUUUUUUUAUCUUACAGCAAGCUCGAGGAACGACUGGAAUUAGAAAAGUCGAACGGCACGCCAAACACUGCGCUAAUUUCUGAGAUCGAAGUAGUCCUUCACUUUAUCCGGGAGCAGUACGAAACCACCUUUGUCGACUUUAAAUCAUUGACAAGACACGAGUCCAUCACCUUCGAUUUACUUUGGAUAUUAUUCCGCCAUGGCACCCUGGUCUUCAAUCGCCACGAGUUCACUGAGCAGGACCACAUUCUCCGAGCUACGCGCUUUGAGAUCAUACAGACAAAUGAAGGACUCUUUGCAGAAAUCCAUUGUCAUGUGAUUACUAACGACGGCGAGCGUUUUGGAAUUGCUAACCAAAGGCUUCGGAUCUCAUCGUUCGAAGGAGAGCGAAAGAUACAAAGCCUAUCUGUUUUUCCCCUCCUCUAUCAUUCGAAUGGACCCAAAAUUCGCGAACUUGCAGCCAAACGAGGUCGGAAAUUUGCAGGCUUGCAAUGCCAAACUUAUGGUGAGAUUUCCGGGAUGGCUGCCUGUGUCGACGACCGCUCCCAGGACGACCGUCAGGUUCGAAAGUACAGGGCAUACGGGCGCGUCAUGAUCGAUCCUGGCGCAUUUCGUAUGUUUAAGCCUGACUCUAGUCUCAAUCUCCCAGUUUCUACCCGGUUGGUUCCAAAGGAACUCGAGGAAGAGCAAUAUGUAAUCUGCACUCCUGUUGUUAUAGGCUUUUGCUUCGGAACAAAGCAGUGGGGCGGAUUCGCUCUUGACAAGCUGGAGGAUGUGUCCUGGUCAUUAGAGCCCUUCGAUCGUCUGGUCCUGGACAACAGACACAAAGAAUUGAUUCAUGCAUUGGUGAAGCAGCACGCAUCGCGUACUAGUUCAACCUUUGACGACCUCGUGCGGGGAAAAGGAAAAGGCCUCGUCGGAUUGCUUGCAGGCCCACCUGGAUGUGGGAAGACGCUUACAGCGGAAGCAGCGGCAGAGGUGACAAAGUGUCCCUUAUAUUGUAUUUCGGCAGGCGAAUUGGGAUCCGACUCGGAGCAUGUAGACCAUGCUCUAACUCAGAUUCUGGAACUUUCCCAGCGGUGGAAAGCAAUCGUCCUUCUCGACGAAGCAGAUGUUUUUCUGUCACAAAGGAGGGACACUGAUUUGGAGCGGAAUGCCCUGGUGUCUAUUUUUCUACGGCAACUGGAAUACUAUCAGGGAAUCAUGUUUUUGACGACCAACCUAGUUUCACAGUGUGAUGCUGCAUUCGAGAGUCGAAUCCACUUCACGGUGCACUACCCAUCACUGUGUCGUGGCUCGCGCAAACAGAUCUGGAAGACGUUCAUCGAUAAAACAUCGGGUACCUGCCAGUCCAUAGUCAGCGAGGCUGAUAUUAAUGCCUUAUCCCGGGAGAUACUCAACGGCCGUCAGGUAUGUUGA